AUGCAGACAUCGAGGCCGAGUCCCUCCCCCUACUUUGGCAACGCCGCUACGAUGGCCUCUGCCCAAUCUGGAGCGUCAUUCACCUCCCAGGGACCUCAGCAAACGUCCAAGCAGCAGUUCAUGCCUGGAGCGGAACCGCACCACGCGCAGCAGCACGGUUUUGCGUACGAACCAUUCCCCUCGCCAGCCUCGGGCUACCCGCCGACGACGUCGCAUUAUCCGGGCCAUCCUUCGUACCAGAUCGCGAACACGCACGCGGGCGCAGGCAAUGGUGACGAAAGUUCGAACCCGAGCGGGAUGCGUGUAGAUUUGCUUCCGUCGCCUUUCGUCUUUGACGCAUAUGGCUACCCCAAGAAGUCACCUGGGCUGGUGGCCGACACCCCUAUCGCCGGCAGUCCCGGUGCACAGAACGCAUUCAAAGGGCAGAGUUGGAUGAACGUCGCGUUCACGAGGCAUUUUGGGGAGCUGGAGAUGCCGAGUCGCGCCGGCAAUUGCGGGAACGGACGGAAUGGCGGCGGGCCCAGCCAGGGGUAA